AUGGUGGUUAUACAGACAGUCGACAACAGCACCGUCGUGGCCAAAGCCAAACCCAUCUCCCCGCAGGCUUUUGCUGCCUACGGCGGGAUCCUCGCCUGCGAUCUCCAAAUGGCCGGCGCCAGCCAGAGCUCUGCAAACCAGGGAACAGCCGUGAAGCUGAUGAAAAUGGCCCCCGUUACAAACAACUACGCCAAUGCGCCCAGCGGCAAGCCCGCCACGGCCAACUGGAACAUCUUCAGGUCGUCGCCGCCAAAACACCUGUUUGGCUCCAGCAACGGCACAAAAACCUACACAUCCAAGGUGCUGGAGCGACACCCGUACACCACCCAGACGUUUGUGCCGAUGGGGUGUUCACGUGACCUGGAUGCGUUCUUGGUGAUCGUGGCCCCGGACAAGGAGGGGCUACCUGACUACGAGAAGGUGGAAGCAUUCAUUUUUAAGGGCGACCAGUCGGUCACGUAUGGAGUCGGCACGUGGCACGCGCCAAUGGUGGUUCUGGGCGACACGCACCUCGACUUUGCCGUGCUGGUUCACGAAAACGGUGUCGAUCUUGAGGACUGUGAGGAAGUUGUGUAUAGUGGGAUGACUAUAGAGCUGAAUUAG